GUCCUGUCGCAUUGUUAGAUUUAAAUGCAAGUGAAACUUUCAAAUUCUUACCAAGUGCAAUAACAGAUUUCAGGCCAUCUAUUAAUGAACCUAUUGUGCCAUGCAGUUCUGAACUGCUACAAUCAAAAUGUGAUCACUGGCUGAAAGAAAUCAAAAGUUAUUUUGUGCCUGAAUUAGUGAACUUGCUGAACUUUGUGAAUUCAGUAAAGAGCAUGGCUUUUAUUAGAGAAGCUGUGUUCAAUCAUCUUUGUGAGGAGAAAAGUUGGAAUAAAUUGUGCAGUAGUUUAUUGAAAACGCCCUUUUCAAUCUGGGAUUAUUUUUUAAAAGAUUGUUUUCUGCAACGAAUAAAGGAUAUAAUUAAUGGAUGUAUAAAAAGUUCAAGUGAAAUGUGUCAACAAGACAUUGAAAGGACUUUAGAUAGUAUUUCAAAUGUAAAAGAAGAUUCAGGGCUGGAAUUUGAAAAGAAUAUUUCAUUAUAUGUGUGGAUGGAAUCUUCUAAUGAUGUUGUGAACGACAUUGCCUGGAUACCUCGUCAUCAAAGAAAUAUUAUAAAUAGUGGAGAACUAAGCAUGAAAGCUAUGGGUUUUACACCUAAAAUACAGAGAAUUUGUAAAGAUCUUGACCAAAGGAUGCAAGAUGCUGUUGAAGAUAUUUCUCAUUUUUCAUUGUUGCAAAAAGGUUCUAUUGAAGGUAUUAAUCUAUCUUCAUCACAAAUGAAUUUGCUUGAUAUAUCUGAGGAUGCAACAAAUAUAUUCAAAUAUCUUGAGGAAGCUGUUGAAUCUCACAUUUUUGAUUUGGCUAGCUAUAUUGAAACUACUCUCCUAUAUAUGGAAAAUGAAAAGCAUAGUUUUGAAAACAGUUGCAGAAUAGUAUUUAUGGGCCAUCUUUGCCUUGGUAUUGCAAAUUUAUGCCCACACAUAAAUACAUGCUUAUCUCCUGAAACAGUGCAUGAGAAAAUUAGAACAAAUAAAAGACAAGCAUUGAAAGAAAAUGAGCUAUGGAAAGAAAUUAAAAAUAAACUCCAGAAAGUUAGUGCUUCAGCUUUUAAAUUGUGGGGUAGCUGGCAAAUAGACCAGAUUUUAAAGAAUUUAGAUUCAGAAUUGAUUGCUGGUUCAGCUGAAGGUCUUUUGAAAGCCUUACUGAUGUGGGAAAAAGUUGAAAUUCAAGAGGAAUCUGAACAAGGAAAAUCUGUGAAAUCUGUUCUCAGGAUACCACAGCAUGUAUCUAUGCCUUUAUCCAAUGCAUUAUUUGGAUUUUGUUGUCAAUUAAAUUUUAUUGGAGGAUUUGCAAUCAGCAGUGAAGUUCGAUCUGAAAUCAGCAAGCAGUUACUCAUUGGAUUGCUAGACAUAUAUCAAAGAAAAGUUGAUGCUUCUGCUGCUGAGGACUUAAAUCCUAGGCUUCUUCAAGUUCAGUCAUUACAGUAUUUAUUUGAUGUACAGUUUCUUAUUGGAUUUAUGGUGCAUAAAGAUAACACUAGUGAUGCAAUUAAUUCGACUUCUCAAGAUAUAAUGAAUCGAGCUAUCUCAUAUAUUGAUCCAUUUGAUAUGGAUGUAUUUUCUGCCCCUUUACAACAGAACUUAAAGAAAGCUUUACAAAAAUCAUUGUCUCUUUUUGGACUAAUUGCAUCUCCAGAUCAAGUUAGUUAUUUGAACAGUAUUAAAGCACAUUCAGUCAGCAGCCAGAUGGAGCACAACAUAAUUCCAUCAUCUAAUAAUAUUAGGAGAUUUCCAAUACUCCCUCUGUCAUCCCGAACAAAUAUUAUGGUUCAAGGGCCUCAGGAUGAUUUCCAGGUUCAAACUAAGGAAACAGAUAAAAAGCCUCUUCAGUCCCAUAGUUCUAGUCCUAACCUAAGUGCUUCUGAUAUACCAACUAACCCUAUGAAAUCAACAUCGUUUUAUGACAGAGUUACUGCAAUGAGCAGUAGUUGGUUUGGAAACUAAAGAGAAUGAAUUAGUGACUGGAUGUGGGACCACAAAUUUAUCACAACAUCUUUUUUUCAGAGAUUUAAAUAUAGAGUUAUAAAAUAAAUUAUUCUGUUAAUUAUGUGUUAUAUAACUAAUUACUUUUAUUAAAAAAAUACCAAACUCAGUUGUUACUGCUAACUGAAACUCAGGAUUUUAGACAUUUUGUAAAGUUAAUACUCUCUAAGUAUUGGAAAAUAUAUUUUGAUGAAUAAAAGAUCUGUAAUACA